CGUUGAUCUUUCUAUAUAUACGCACUUAACUCAUUCUUUCUUUCCAUCAUCAACCAACAACAAGCAAAUCCAAUAACUUGAAUCUUCUCAUACAUCUUCAGAAGCUUCAAAAGAAUUCAAACUUUUCAGACACUAAAAGAGAAAAGAAAUGGCUUUCGUGAGAAGUCUACUGGGUGCGAAGAAGAUUCUAAGCCGCUCAACCGGAGCAGCCUCGGCGGCACCAAAAGGGUUUCUUGCGGUGUACGUAGGAGAGAGCCAGAAGAAGAGAUAUUUGGUGCCAAUCUCAUACUUAAACCAUCUUACUUUAGAAAAUAGACUUAUUCAUUGUAAAUAGCUGAGCAUUUUUGCUCUUUCUUCUAAUUGAAAGAGUCGUUGUUCCAAAAGUUUAGAGAGUGAAUGCCAUUUUAAUGCAACAGACAAGAUUCAUAUCAAUACAAUUUUAUUGGAUCGAUCAU